AUGACGGAUCUACUCAAUCGCGCCGGGAUGCUUGACUGUAAGCCACUUACCACACCAGCAGCUGUCACGGUGCCAGUGUCUACGGAUGCCUCUCCCUUCGAAAACCCCACUCAAUACAGGCGCAUUGUGGGGGCACUCCAGUAUUUAACGAUUACGAGGCCAGACUUGUCCUACUCGGUCAAUCGUUUAUGUCAAUUUAUGCAUGCACCUACAGACGACCACUGGAGUUUGGCUAAACGGGUAUUACGUUAUAUCAAGGGCACUAUAGACUAUGGCUUGCGCAUUGCUCCAUCCGCAUCCACGACUAUCCAGGCGUUCUCCGACUCUGACUGGGCAGGUUGUACGAUUGACAGGAAGAGCACGAGUGGUUAUGCUGUGUUUCUCGGGACCAACUUAAUUUCAUGGCUAUCCAGGAAGCAGCGUACGGUAGCACGUUCGUCCACCGAAGCAGAAUACAAAGCCCUAGCCGAUGUGUCUGCAGAGGUAACAUGGGUUGUUUCUUUAUUGAAGGAGCUUGGACUGCAUUCCUCCCAUCCGGCCACCUUGUGGUGUGAUAAUCUUGGAGCAACGUAUUUGUGUGCAAACCCGGUUUUUCAUGCGUGGACAAAUCAUGUCGAGAUUGAUUAUCACUUUGUGCGGGACAAGGUUGCCUCAGGAGACUUUGUCGUCAAUUUUGUAUCAACUAAAGACUAG